CGAGGGGCCCGAAACGCCCGUGCGCGCCCCACGCCCGUGACACGGUUGCCCGUGCUAAGAGCGAAGGGGGGGGUGGGCGACGGGGCCUUCUGUAUCUCGUUAAUAGCCAAUUCCAGAAAGAUCGGUGCGGGGAAGGCGGCGGCUGCAUCACUGAAACACAGGGCCCGUCCCUGCGUUAGAGGGGCCGGGUUUGUAAAGCGAAGCGCAGAUCGUCUCUCAGGAAUACUCUCUUCAAAAGUGGAAAGAGCCCCUUCUACAAUGAUGAAUGCUGAUAUGGACGCUGUUGAGGCUGAGAAUCAGGUGGAAUUAGAAGAGAAAACACGGCUUAUUAAUCAAGUUUUGGAACUGCAGCACACACUCGAAGAUCUCUCAGCACGAGUAGAUGCUGUUAAGGAAGAAAACUUGAAACUGAAAUCAGAAAACCAAGUUCUUGGACAGUAUAUAGAAAAUCUGAUGUCAGCGUCUAGUGUUUUCCAAACAACUGACACAAAAAGCAAAAGGAAGUAAGGGUUGACUCACAGAUGAUGUCAUUGUAUUGCUGCUGUCUUUUUUUUUUUGUUUUAAUUGGCAUAGGCUACAUGAGCUAAAAUACCUUAGUUUGUGGCUUUACUGGAUACCUGAAGACUAUAAACUUUGGUGAUAAACAGAAUUAUGAACAUUGUCAUGAACAGGAGACAUAAGUUUGUGUAUUGUUAAGAUUAAGCAAUGUGCAAAUGUAGUAUAGAGACUUACUAAAAUUUUGUAUUUGUUUUAAAAAUGAGCAUAUCUUGUUAAAAUUGGAUUCAGUUUGUCAGGUUAAAAGUCUGUUGGCACUCUUUGAGGUCUUAGGGUAGUGUUCUUGACUAGCAAAAUAAUAGUGAUAAUAUUGUGUUGAAACCUCAUUUGAUCAAAAUACUCAAAGUCUAAUUGCAUCACCUUUUUCACCUAAAAUAUAUUUACAUUACUGUAUAGUACUGUCCAUAGCUCUGAAAAGCAACUUUAAAAAAAAAAAAACAAACCUAUAAAUCAGUUAAGAAUGUCUAUGAAGUAAUAACAGUAUGAUGUUAUUUGCAGGGCUUGAGUACAGAAAAAUGCUUAAGGUUUUUUGGGAAGGGAAUGGUAAGGGAAGAGGAACUUACAACUUAACAAUAAGCAACUUACAUCAGGGAAAUACCAAACUGAUGCAGUAUCAGUGUUUGUACGAUGUACACUUCAAACCAUUUUCACUUUCCUGUUGCCUCAAAGAAUGAUCAGGCACAGCAUCAUGAUGUAUGAUCUGCCUGAAGCUUCUCAGUUGUGUGAUGAAGAGUUAAAUAAAAACCCGAGUAAUAAGCUUUACAGAAACAGAACGUCAACAGUGUUCCCCACACUCAUUGUGAACAGUCUGCAGCGAGGAACUGAGAACAAGUCUUUCCUUGCCACCUCUUACUUUCCUCCUGAAGUGCCAAAUAUUGUCUUUGCUUCAGGCCUUAGAGCAACUGUUUUCCUGCCCCCGAGCCUGAGCUUGUGAAGCACCUCUUGAGGCACUGCACAAAAACAUCUAAGGCAGAAGACUGCCAUGGAACAAAGAUGGCUUUUGCCUCUCAAAUCCGUGCUGCUCCAAGCAAGGCGUAGAGUCAAGGCACCCUGUUUUUCUACUGGCUUGGCUGUUUGUUAGCAGGUUUUGUGAAGGAGCUCAGCCCAGAUCAUAGGCCUGAGCACUUCCCACAGAGGUGGCAUGUCUAGCGCAAUCAGUAUUAAGGGAGAGCAGAAGCUGAAAUAC